GGCAGAAAAUUUCCCAGACUAUUGCUGCCCACAACAAAAAGACGAAGAGUCACAUCUACAACUUUUUGAUUUAAACCUCAAAAUACCCCUUUGUUCUUCUUUUCUUUUCUUGAAACUCCACUCACUUCUUCUUUCAAAAUGGCUGCCCGUACAUUUUCCAGAGUCGCUAGACCAGCUGCACGUCAAUUGACUGCACCAGCACGCAGAACUUUCGUAUCUGCCAUCAAUGCCUCAGCUAGACCUUCUGCUGCUCGUGCUGUUGUUGGUGCAUCUCAACAAGUCAGAGGUGUAAAGACCAUUGACUUUGCUGGCACAAAGGAGAAGGUUUACGGUACGGAUUAAGAUUUCAAUUUGGGUGACGUGGAAACUGACAAUUAUGAUAGAGAGAGCCGACUGGCCAAUUGAGAGACUCCAGGUAUGAUUUAUAUCUUAUCACUAUCUAAAUUCAAUUAUGCUAACAUCUAUCUUCUAGGAAUACUUCAAGAAUGACACAAUGGCCAUCAUUGGUUACGGUUCGCAAGGUCAUGCUCAAUCUUUGAACAUGCGCGAUAACGGUCUUAACGUUGUGGUCGGUGUACGAAAAAACGGUCAAUCAUGGAAGGAUGCUCAACAAGAUGGCUGGGUUCCAGGAAAGACCCUUUUCGAGGUUGAUGAGGCUAUCUCAAAGGGUACCAUCAUCAUGAACUUGCUCUCUGAUGCUGCUCAAAGUGAGACUUGGCCAGCUCUUAAGCCCCAGAUCACCAAGGGAAAGGUAUGGGAAUAUACGUAAUAUUUUCAAGCUCAAAACUGACUUCUGCAGACUCUUUACUUCUCCCACGGUUUCUCCCCAGUCUUCAAGGACCAAACCAAGGUCGAGGUCCCAACUGAUGUUGAUGUUAUCCUCGUUGCACCAAAGGGAUCUGGACGUACCGUCCGAACUCUCUUCCGUGAGGGCCGUGGUAUCAACUCUUCCAUCGCCGUUUUCCAAGAUGUUACCGGAAAGGCACAAGAGAAGGCUAUCGCUCUCGGUGUUGGUGUUGGAUCUGGAUAUCUCUACGAGACUACCUUCGAGAAGGAGGUUUACUCCGAUUUGUACGGUGAGCGUGGUUGCUUGAUGGGUGGUAUCCACGGUAUGUUCCUCGCACAAUACGAGGUUCUACGUGAGCAAGGUCACAGCCCAAGUGAAGCUUUCAACGAGACAGUUGAGGAGGCUACCCAAUCUUUGUACCCAUUGAUUGGUGCUAAUGGUAUGGACUGGAUGUACGAGGCAUGCUCUACCACUGCCCGUCGUGGUGCUAUUGAUUGGUCCGGAAAGUUCAAGGAUGCUUUGAAGCCAGUAUUCAACGACUUGUAUGAUUCCGUCAAGACUGGAAAGGAGACUCAAAGAUCUCUUGAGUUUAACUCCCAAAAGGAUUACCGUGAGAAGUAUGAGGCUGAGAUGAAGGAGAUCCGUGAUUUGGAGAUCUGGAGAGCAGGAAAGGCUGUCCGGUAAGUUUGUCCUAUUCAUCAUUUACUGCAUAAGCACAUCUACUAACUUCCGCAAUCAGCUCUCUCCGUCCUGAAAACAACUGAGUUGCGAGUUAAUGAAAAAUUUACGGCUGGAGUUAUCAUUUCUGAAUUUGGGCGAAUUGUAUCAUACUCAUGAAUUUCCGUUUUUUGUUAUCAACGGUAUCUCGAAUUGCUAAAAGUGUUUUGCCAUCAAAUUCAGAAAAUUAUAUUUCCAAUUACUUUAUCUGA